GACCGACCGCCAACCGGAGGUGUCGCAGUGACUCGUUCUCGAGCAGCAGGGUGGUUUGACAGUAAAGUGAGUGUAUGUGUGUGUGGGUGUGCGCGCGUACACGCUCAGCCGUGAGCGAUACAUGGAUGAAUGCAUUAUAAUGUCCGCGUACAUGUCCAUUAAGAGUUUCGAUCACCGAAGUAUAAGCAGUGCACCGACGUAAUAGUGACCGCCGACCGUAAGGACCGUGAGUGUUUUCAUAGUUUUGCAUCGAUUUGAAUUUUCAUGUCAAGUGUCGUAUCCGCCAUUAACGACUGUCAUCGUUCUUUCGACCAUCUGAAUCAACGGUGAACAUUCGAAAAGUUCGUUCGAGAAAACGAACGACCAAAGUUAGAUCGAGCAGGGAGCUAAAGAGAAACGAGGAAAAAGUCAAUCGCCAGCACCGCCGCCGUCGUCAUCCGACGCUGAAUUAAAAGCAGAAGGAAAAUGUCGUCGGUAAAGGUGGCGGUGAGGGUACGACCCUUUAACAAUCGAGAGAUCUCCCGCGAGGCACAAUGCAUCAUCGAAAUGUCCGGCAACACCACUUCGAUAUUGAACCCUAAAGCACCAGCAGGUAGCAAAGAUGCUUUCAAAAGCUUCAAUUAUGAUUAUUCCUAUUUUUCCAUGGACCCAAACGAUUCAAAUUAUUCUUCACAACUAAUGGUCUACAAGGAUAUCGGUGAAGAGAUGUUGCAGCACGCAUUCGAAGGUUACAAUGUAUGCAUAUUUGCGUACGGACAAACCGGUGCUGGAAAAUCGUACACCAUGAUGGGUAAACAAGAAGAGGGUCAAGAAGGAAUAAUACCUCAAAUUUGCAAGGACCUCUUUAGAAAAAUCAGUCGCAAUUCAAACGAGAGCCUGAAGUAUUCGGUAGAAGUGAGUUAUAUGGAAAUAUACUGCGAAAGGGUGAGGGAUCUCUUAAACCCUAAGAACAAAGGAAAUCUCCGUGUGCGGGAGCAUCCUCUACUUGGACCGUACGUCGAAGAUCUGUCGAAAUUAGCGGUGAUGUCCUAUCAAGACAUUCAUGAUCUUAUCGAUGAAGGCAAUAAAGCAAGAACGGUAGCAGCUACAAAUAUGAACGAGACUUCUAGUAGAUCUCACGCCGUGUUUACAAUAUUCUUUACGCAACAAAAGCAGGACUCUGCAACUGGAUUAGUGACAGAGAAAGUCAGCAAAAUCUCGCUGGUCGAUUUGGCGGGUUCCGAAAGGGCUGAUUCUACUGGUGCAAAGGGUACAAGAUUAAAAGAAGGUGCCAAUAUUAAUAAAAGCUUAACAACCCUUGGAAAAGUCAUCAGUGCCCUAGCAGAAAUCGCAGCAACUAAAAAGAAGAAAAAGGCUGAUUUCAUUCCCUAUAGAGAUUCUGUUCUAACAUGGCUAUUACGAGAAAAUCUAGGAGGUAACUCUAAAACAGCGAUGAUUGCGGCAGUGAGUCCAGCCGACAUCAAUUACGAUGAAACCCUUUCCACCUUACGAUACGCAGACAGAGCGAAACAAAUAGUUUGCAAAGCUGUCGUUAACGAAGACGCGAAUGCCAAGCUUAUCAGAGAACUCAAAGAGGAGAUUCAGAAGUUACGGGAAUUAUUGAAACAAGAGGGUAUUGACGUGCAAGAGGGGCCAGAUGGUAAAGUCACAUAUGAAAAGAAAGAAUCUAGAGACGAAAUCGUUCGAGCAAACAAACGCGAGGACGAUGUGAAGGAAACUCGACCCAGAAUUCCGUCUCACACCACAUCGACUAUUGCUGAGGAAGCAGUGGACCAAUUACAAGCUUCAGAAAAGUUGAUAGCUGAACUGAAUGAAACAUGGGAGGAGAAAUUGAAACGAACCGAGCUGGUUCGUUUACAACGUGAGGCAGCAUUCGCAGAAAUGGGAGUCGCUGUGAAAGAGGAUGGAGUUACAGUUGGUGUAUUCUCUCCAAAGAAAACUCCACACUUGGUGAAUCUAAACGAGGAUCCACUGAUGUCGGAAUGUUUAAUUUAUUACAUCAAAGAUGGUUUCACGCGUAUCGGUAGCGCCGAAGCUAAUAUACCACAAGAUAUUCAACUUUGUGGUCCGCAUAUACUCAGCGAGCACUGUGUCUUUGAGAAUCAUGAGAGUAUUAUUACCCUAAUUCCGAAAAAAGGAGCUUUAAUUUAUGUGAAUGGACGUGAGAUUACUGAACCAGUCGUCCUGAAGACUGGAUCCCGUGUUAUCUUAGGAAAGAAUCAUGUGUUUAGAUUCAAUCAUCCUGAUCAGGUCCGUGAACGAAGAGAAAAAGGAUCUCCUGCGGAAACUCCCGCAAACGGAGAAACAGUUGACUGGAACUUUGCACAGAUUGAAUUAUUAGAGAAGCAAGGAAUCGAUCUAAAAGUUGAAAUGGAGAAAAGAUUAUUAGUUCUUGAAGAACAACGUCGCAAGGAGAAGGAAGAGGCAGAUCAAUUAUUUGAGGAACAAAGAAAAAACUACGAAGCUCGAAUAGACGCACUUCAAAGACAAGUAGAAGUACAAAGUAUGACGAUGUCAAUGUACAGCAGUUAUACACCUGAAGAUUUUAAUAAUAUCGAAGAGGAUAUCUUCGUCAACCCCUUGUUUGACGCAGAGAGCAACUGGACCGAGAGAGAGUUCCAGCUGGCCGCUUGGGCCUUCCGCAAGUGGAAAUAUCAUCAAUUCACAAGCCUUCGAGAUGAUCUCUGGGGCAACGCUAUAUUCCUCAAAGAAGCUAACGCUAUUUCUGUCGAACUCAAAAAGAAGGUGCAAUUCCAAUUUACUUUACUCACGGAUACGCUUUACUCGCCACUUCCUUCGGAUCUCCUGCCUGCUAUUGACGACGACGAAGAAGAAGAAAGGCCGUUCCCACGUACAAUAGUUGCCGUAGAAGUGCAAGAUACAAAGAAUGGUGCAACGCAUUACUGGACACUUGAUAAACUCAGACAGCGCUUGGAGUUGAUGCGACACGUGUACAACGAGGACUCGAGCCCCAGCACUCCGGAGGCCAAAGAGGAUAUUUUCCAAUGUCUAACCGCCUACUCUAAUCCGAAGUUCUCGCUCGCAAAUCUUUUGCCUUCGAGACAAAGACUUGAAUUGAUGCGAGAAAUGUAUCACAACGAAGCAGAAUUAUCUCCAACAUCUCCGGAUUUCAAUAUCGAAUCUAUUACCGGAGGUGAUCCAUUCUACGAUCGUUUCCCAUGGUUCCGUAUGGUUGGCAGGUCCUUUGUGUACCUAAGCAACCUUAUGUAUCCCGUACCACUAAUCCACAAAGUAGCGAUAGUUAACGAAAAAGGUGAUGUGAAAGGAUACUUGCGUGUGGCUGUGCAAGCCGUUGUCGAAGAGGAAAACAGUGAAUAUUCAAGUGGCGUCAGGCAGUCAGCUAGAAUUUCCUUUGAGGAUGACUUGUUCCAUAAUCAGAAGCAGAACAAACGCAACACCCAGUUAACCCAAAACCUUGAGAAGAAUCGAAAUAUUCUGCUGCACGAGGAACGUGUCGUAGAGGGUCACAAUGAACAGAAGGAAGUGAAAGAUGAAGAUGAUAUCGGCGAUGCAGAUAGUGGUAGAGGAGAUAGCUCAGUAUCCAGUGACAUGAAAGAAGAAGAUCUACCAGAUCACCUGCUACUCGGUUCUGAAUUCACAUUCAGAGUUACUGUGUUACAGGCAAUGGGUAUUUCUACCGAAUAUGCUGACAUUUUCUGCCAAUUCAAUUUCCUACAUCGACACGAUGAAGCAUUUUCAACAGAACCAGUCAAAAAUACAGGAAAGGGAAAUCCCCCUGGAUUUUAUCAUGUGCAAAAUAUUACAGUUAUGGUAACAAAAUCAUUCUUGGAAUAUCUAAAAACUCAGCCAAUUGUUUUCGAAGUUUUUGGACAUUACCAGCAGCAUCCUCUACAUAAAGAUGCCAAACUAGAAUACGUGAGACAACCACCGAAAAGAAUGCUUCCGCCAUCUAUACCGAUCAGUCAACCUGUACGUUCACCGAAAUUCGGCAGUGUUUUACCAUCACCUAGUACAUCGCACGUACAUGCGAAAUAUGACGUAUUAGUAUGGUUUGAGAUUUGCGAACUAGCACCGAACGGUGAAUAUGUGCCGUCCGUGGUUGAUCACAGUGAUGAUUUACCAUGUCGUGGAUUGUUCUUACUCCACCAGGGAAUUCAGCGACGUAUUCGAAUUACCAUUGUUCACGAACCAGCAUCUGAACUGCGAUGGAAAGAUGUGAGAGAGUUAGUUGUUGGACGAAUCAGAAACACUCCAGAGCCAGAGGAAGAAGACAAUGAUUCAUCGGUGCUCUCGUUAGGUCUUUUCCCUGGCGAGUAUCUAGAAGUACCCGGUGAUGAUAGAUGCAUGUUCAGAUUCGAAGCAGCGUGGGACAGCUCCCUUCAUAAUUCGGCCUUGCUCAAUAGAGUUACCGCAUACGGAGAACAAAUCUUCAUGACCAUCUCUGCGUACCUCGAGUUGGAAAAUUGUGGAAGACCAGCGAUCAUCACAAAAGACUUGAGCAUGAUUAUUUAUGGUAGAGACGCCAGGGUAGGACCACGUUCUUUGAAGCAUCUCUUCAGUGGAAGUUACCGCAAUCAGGAAGCGAAUAGGCUCAGUGGUGUAUACGAGCUGGUUCUGCGUCGUUCUUCGGAAGCAGGUAGCCCAGGUGUUCAAAGGCGACAACGUCGCGUAUUAGACACUAGCUCUACGUACGUUAGGGGAGAAGAAAAUCUUCACGGAUGGCGACCUCGAGGAGACAGUUUAAUAUUCGAUCAUCAAUGGGAAUUGGAAAAAUUGACAAGAUUAGAGGAAGUGGAGAGAGUUAGACACACAUUGUUGCUUCGAGAAAAACUUGGCAUCGACAAAAUAUCAUUCUGUAAUAAAAUGUCGCACGAUUUCACAAAAAGCGAAAAGGAGGUUUGCAACAUGAUGGCAAAAGCAACGAACGAAACACAUGCUAGUCCAGUGAAAUUGAAACGUUCAACGAGUAAAGACGUAUAUGAGCCUUGGGAGAUGACUGAGAGGGAAAAGGAAUUGGCCACGAAAUAUAUCAAACUCAUCCAAGGUCGAAUUCCAAGCAAAGAACCCAUUCUGAUGUCCGAUGUUUCACCUGGAGAAGACACUAUGACUGAUAUGUCGACAUCCAUGAUGUCUUCGGUGAUAUCGUCCUCGUCUCAAGAGUUAAGUUCACCGGAAAGGGCUAGACUGCAGGAACUGCAGGAGAGCAUAUUAGCCAGCGAGUCCACUAAUCAACCAUGUAAUAUCGCGCCAGCUCCAUUAGGCUCAUCUUCUCCUUCAAAGGAUAAUUUGGUACUCUAUGUGCCGGAAGUCGAAGAAAUUCGCAUCAGUCCGGUUAUCGCCAGAAAAGGAUACCUGAAUGUUCUCGAACACAAGACAAAUGGUUGGAAGAAACGCUGGGUGGCUGUGCGACGACCAUAUGUUCUAAUCUUUCGAGAAGAGAAGGACCCAGUGGAAAGAGCUCUCAUUAAUUUAGCUACUGCUCAAGUUGAAUAUUCCGAAGAUCAAUUAGCUAUGGUGAAAGUACCAAAUACUUUCAGCGUCGUUACAAAACAUCGGGGAUAUUUGUUGCAAACUUUAGGAGACAAGGAAGUUUAUGACUGGUUGUACGCUAUUAAUCCUCUUCUUGCUGGUCAAAUCAGAUCUAAAUUAGCGCGCAAAGGACCGACAGCUACAAUUUUGAAUAGCGCUUCACCCGUUGGUCUGAUUCCGUCAACAGAUCAACAAUCGAACCAAAACAAGUGAGUGGCCGACACGUUGGCCGAGGUGACGAGUGUCAUUGCGGAAGCCUCCGAAAAGAUGCUCUGCUGGUCACACUCGGCCUUCGAGUCCCAUGAUCUCUGUAGCUUUCGAUUUUCGGUAGUCUUCGAUUAUUAAAGCGUUCCGAAAAUGCGUACCAACAUCGAUGGACUACCAGCUUCGAUAGCCGCCGAUUAAUAUCUCGUGACAUCUGAUUUAACUACUCGUCAGCCAUUUUACUUCUGGCGACCGAAUAGAGAAAUAAAAAAUGAAAAGACACACGAAGGCAUGUUUGUCUUUUGACAAAGCAAGCAAAAAAAAAUAAUGAUUAUACAUGUUCGAAUAACAUGGAAAUUAUUACUUUUGAAAUCCCAAAUCUUUUUAUAGUCUCUCCGUUCAUUUUGAAAUACGAUCAAAAUGUACAUAACGUCGAUGAGACUUCGCACAAGCUUGCGAUAAUUAUCUUACAAUAUAUUCGAAUUUCUCGAUAUUAGUCGGUCGUACGAAGCAAUUCUCUUUUAAGCGUGGAACGCAUACAAUGAUGAGUAACGUAUUUAUGCCUAAAUAAAACAUUCCUAAGACGAUCAUAGAAAACGAGGCAAAAGAUACACAUUGUAGGUAUUACUCAUUAAAGAGAAGAUGUGGCGCGAGAGGUAGCAAGCAAGAGAGGGAGAGAACGAGAAAAAAGGAAAAGGCGAUGUAGCGAGAUUACGAAUUUCUGAGUGUUCAUGUUUGAGAGAAAGAGAGCGAGAAAGAGAGAGAGAAAGAGAGAGAGAGAAACAGAGAAAAAUAGAGUGA